AUGGCUCUCAGCGUAGAUGAUGACGCCACCAUACCCACAUAUGGGCUGGUGAGUUACCGAAUUCUCAUCUGUACUAUCUACUCUUUGGUCUGUGCGGUGGGACUGCUGGGCAACUUCUUCGUGAUGUAUCUAAUCUGGGCAAAGAAAGCCACCGGCCUCACUGCCAUAGACAUCUUUGUCUUCUGCCUGGCCUUGAGCGAUUUCCAGUUCGCAUUUACCCUGCCUUUCUGGGCUGUGGAUGCCAUCAUGGAUUUCAGCUGGCCAUUUGGACAUCCGAUGUGUAAAAUCAUCCUGACUAUGACUGUCCUGAAUGUUUACAACAAUGUUUUUCUGCUGACUGCCAUGGCGGUAACCAGAUAUUGGUCGGUGGCAUCAGCGCUGAGUCUAAGGGGUCGGGUGUCCACCUUUGCUGCAAAAUGGAUAAGCUUUGCUCUUUGGUUAUUGGCCGUGGUGGCCACUGCCCCGACCAUGAUUUUUGCCAGUACCAACACAGUUCUAGGGGAUGAGCUUUGUCUUCUGAAGUUUCCCGGAAACAAAUGGCUGGCCACCUACCAUCUUCAGAGGGUCAUCAUUGCUUUCAUCAUACCACUGGUGGUGAUAUCUUCUUCUUACAUUAUGCUCUUGAACUUCUUGAGACAACAUAAAGUAAAUUCCAACAACCAACAUCGGCAGAGCAAGAUAACCAAUUCCGUCCAACUGGUGAUAAUUGUUUUCUUCGUUUGCUGGUUUCCCAACCACGCUGGCAUCUUUUGGGGGAUCCUCAUGAAGUAUGAAGUAGUUCAGUGGAGUGAUGCAUACUACUACUUCCAUACUUACGUCUUUCCGAUCACUCUAUGCCUUGCUCACAGCAACAGUUGCCUCAAUCCUAUUAUCUACUGUCUCAUGAGGAAGGAGUUUCGGAAAUCACUUAAAGCUUUGUUUUCGCAGGUAACAAGAAUGGCUGCUUCCUACUUGCCCAGAAGCAAGGACAAACAAAGAAACUCUGAUCAGGACACAUCAAUGCCCUUGUACCGGAAAUCCAGCUUUCCUCAAACAGUUAGUAAGGACUACCCCGUAGCUUCUAUGUCCACCAUAACCUUAAUUCCAGAGGUAACCAUAAAAGACCAAAAUCAACACAACGGGGAGCCUAAUCAACAGGAGACCUCGAUAGACCAGAUUGGUGACCUAUAG